CUAAGUUCUUUGGGAAGAAUUGCCGAAUUGUAUUCAUCUGUAGAAACUCACAUUUAACAUACAUCACGUCGAUAAUGAUAAGUUUGUCCAUUCCACGAAUAUCUCCGACUUCCAAAACUUUUUGCUAGUCGAGCGACAGCAUUACAAUUAGUUUCUAAAUACAUAAGUUGUGAGCAGAAUUAGUUUUGUUUGUCUGUCGAGUUUCAUAAUUUCGUGGAGCUGGCAUCUUUUUUUCAAUCCCUUCAUAUACCAGCUGACCGGUUUAUCUUGAAGUAGCACUGGAUACUCGCUGGAGUCGUUUUUGACGCCGACGCAUUCGAGAAACGGGUUCGUGGUUGUAGUGUUACAUUUCUAGUUAAAGCAGAGGAUUACAUGGCACCUCCGCGUGCGAUAGGGUUGCCGGCUCUUCUUCCUGUUGUAGCGGUGGCAGCUUCAGCUGUCGUGCCUUCGAUAAAAGCCUUCAAUUCCUAUCGUAGGUCCUCUUCAUUGCGGACGACUGUGUUGCCAAAGCAGAGUGCGCGCGUCUUUAGGAAUCGCUUCUUAGGAUCCGUGCAGUUGUUGCAAGGUCCACUGCUGGCGUAUCCCCUGGCAACUGGAGCGGCGAUGGUAGCCGUUGCGGCGACAGCGUCAUCGGAAGUCUCUCAAAUGGCUCCAGGACAGGGCAUGAAGGGGGCAGGAGCUGAGGUGCAACUACCUGAAUUAAUGACAGAGUUUAUGGUGGACAUGGAGUGCGACGGGUGCGUCAAGUCAGUGCGCACCAAAUUAGAGCCCCUUACUGGUGUGAAGUCCGUGGACAUCAAUCUUGAAAACCAAGUAGUUAGAGUUUUGGGCACAACUACAGUGAAGGACCUGACAGCAGCUUUAGCAGAAUCUGGACGCAAGGCUCGGCUUAUUGGUCAAGGGCUCCCAGAAAACUUUACUCUUUCAGCAGCAGUGGCCGAGUUCAAGGGUCCCCAGAUUCAUGGAGUCGUCAGGUUUGCGCAAGUGAGCAUGGAGUUGUUACGUGUUGAAGCGUCCUUCAGCGGUCUUCCUCAAGGCACCGUUGGAUGGUCUAUAAACGAGUACGGAGAUCUCACACGUGGUGCUGCCAGCACCGGUCGGAUCUAUUGCGGCGUAACGGAGACACCAGCCGCCGAUGGCACCCCAGCAGGUGACUUCGGGGUUCUUGAAGUGAACAGUGAAGGUAACGCGGAAUAUUCUGGAACCAAAGAAAACCUGCAGGUUAGAGAUUUAAUUGGCCGCGCGCUGGUAGUUUAUGGGGAUACUGAUAAAUCGAAAUCAGGUAUUAGUGCUGCAGUCAUAGCAAGAAGCGCUGGCGUUGGUGAGAACUACAAGAAGCUCUGUCUCUGCGAUGGCACCGUCAUUUGGGAAUCAACCAACAGCGAUUAUGUUAAGGCGUAGGUCGUAUUGCAUUUGUGUGUUCUCUAGGUCUGUUAUCAUGUGGGAUUAAUCCUGGAAAAGUUAAAUAAUUAAACAAAUCGAAAUCCUUAUUGAACUAUUUGCGAGGUCUUUGUAAAGGGCUAUCUUAUGAGCUCUCAAUGUGCUCUGCUUCAGCCCUUAGUUCAUGAUCCACACUAUGAGAAGGGAGCAUUGGGAUUACCCGGAUUUUGACCUCACAAAAACUGGGUAGUCGUGACUACCAUAAACUCGGACAGGAUAAUCAUGGUUUCUUGUGACCGUGCUUAGUGUCCAUAGUUUUCCUGCUUGUGAAUUGAAAUUGGAUUUCCAUUCAGUA